AUGGCCACGGCGCUGAACGAGGAUGUCUACGCCCACCUCCUGACGUUCAUAUCUUCCCCGGCCGACCUCCUCGCAGUGGCGCUUACCAGCAGUGAUCUAUUUCGCCUUGGCAUGCCAGAACUGCGCUAUCGUUCUAUCAGGAUGAACUUGGGAAACAACGCGCUUUGGAUGUACCUGGCGGAGAACCCAUCAUUGGCGUCUAGGGUGCGGGAACUCGUGAUCCUAAAGGACAAUGCGCAUAGUCUGUUGGUUAAGAAGGAAAUGGAACGGCUUCUUAUCCCUGAUUUGCGGAGCGCAGUGCCUCCACGAAGAAUAACCAAGGCUGACGUGGAGCAAUCUGAAAGAUUGUUGAUCCAGGCUCUACGAGUACUCGUCAACCUUGAGAGCUUUGGUUGGCAUCGUGUGGCUCCUUUGAUCAGUGAGGGACAAAAGGUGCUGCCGUCGAUUGGAUUGCAGUCAUCUACUAGUAGCGAUGCCCCGCCUGAAGUUUACUCAGAAGAUGUUUGGACUGCGUUGAGGAACCACACCCAAGUGAAGAAACUGAUAGUCAUGAAUAUUGGGCGAGGCCAAAUGGUGAUUCCUGCAAGUACCUGGUCUGUCUUUGAUAGUUCCAUGUAUACCCUUCGGAGCCUCACACAUGUAGAGUUGAAGCUGUGCUAUACACCAGCGGAAGACGAUGGUUCGGCUCCUAAAAUCAAUACUGAUCGAUUGCAAGCAUUCCUGCACUCAUGUUCAGAUCUUGAGUUCCUAUCGCUAGAGAUAUUCGAUCGCCGCUUCCACGCAGGCCAUGGACGGCGCCUAUUCACCGAUAUCUCCCCCAUUCUCAUAGGGAUCACAUGGCCCCGACUAACCUGCCUCCAACUUGGCGAUGUGGUUGUUAAUAAACAAGUCAUCACGCUGUUCUUGAAUAGACACCCCACACUCCGAACUAUUGCUGCGGAUCUCUCACUUUCUGUCAACGAGCGCGCACAGAACUUUGAAUUGGAUAUGACAGGCUUGAAAAAGGGUGCCCUACCGAAUCUUACACAUCUCGUUGUUCACCCCAAAAUGGCCCGUCCUAUUCUGUGUGGUGUUCCAGACCACUCGACGAUUAGAGAACUUGCGGCUGUCAAGCCGCGUGUUUGGGAUGCGCCUGAGGUUGAAAUUGAGUCUCCAAUGGCUUGUUUUGACACGUGGAGCGAACUUCCGCUGGAGAACACAUAUGUAGAUGAAGAUGACAACACCAGACUGGAACGCGCUUUUAGGCUCAAAGAGAUGAAACAUCUAAAAUCGUUAUCUCUUUGGAACGUCACAGAAUUGGAGCAGCUCGAGGCACUAGCAAAGUUAACCCCAAACUUGGAAUCUCUAUCGAUACAUCGAUGUCUGAUCAGAUCUGUUGUAUGUCCCCCUUCAAACUCUAUUGACCCUCAGAGGCAUCAUAACAUUAUACUGACUGGCAUACGCUAG